AUGUAUCAACAUGUGAAGUUUGAUAACACUAUCUUGAAUGGUAUCUUUAAAACUGAGCUAAACACUAAUUUAAGAAAAAUGAGUUCAAGGUCAAAGGAAAGGUAAACAAAAAUGUUGAUGCAGUUGCAUAGCUCUCAUCAAUAUCUAACAGCAUAUGAAUUUUAAUGAAAAUAUCUUAAGUUUCUUUGAAACUGAGCUUUGAACUGAGCUAAAAGCAGUGUGACAAAAGGACAGAAGGAGGGAAGGACGGAAGACGGACAUGACAAACACUAUAUGCUCUGGCCAUAUUCAUGGCCGGGCAUAAAAAGCAUUCUUAUAUAGCAAUCCGCAAUUUUAUACCUAUCCGAUUAUGUUUACAGCUUUGCUAUAUAUUUAAGGACAAAACUAAUUCCAUGGCUGGAAAUAUUUUAAGCCAAAGUUCAAGUGUUUUCAAUAUUAAGUCUAUAUCAGAAAAUUUCAUCGAAAGCAACAGAAGUCCAUAAUACAUGCAUGCAGGAAACGAAAUUGAUAACUUGAGUUAUAUUUGGUGAGUAGGAAAUUCAACAUUUUAAUUGAAUUUGAUUCAGUAAGAAAAUUUCCAUAUUUUCCAAGCAGAGUUUCCCAUCAUCAUAUAUAAGUGAGAUAUUAUUUUCACUUAUCAAAUUAAAAUUGUAGAUGUCUUAGCUUGACCCCCAAUACCCAUCGAGAGAAAGCUCUUCGUCUAUCCCCACUUUGCACCUCAGAUAAAAUCUGUGACUUCACACUAGAAUACACUUAAGCAGAAAGGAAUAUACGCCACUGAAAAUGGACUCCAUUAGAAGCUCACAAACUACUAAAGCCAUACAACGCAUAUCAGAGUCGGUGUUUGUGGGACUGUGCCAUAAAGUGGGGACCUCACAACUGGUGGCCAUGAGGAGAGAUGUAGUGGACAUUAGGGAUAUGGUGAUGAAUCGAGGGAAAACAUGCAAAUACCAAAGUGUGACCAUGACAAGUGGAAGUUACAGAGAAGGCUUCCGACUGAAAGGAUCAGAUAUGGACUUUAUGCUCUGGGCAAAUGAUCAGCGUGUGAUCUGGGAAUUAUCUCAGUCUCAGUAUUACAACACGAACAGAAUAUCACUGAUCCUCUGUGACUGUUCUGAGAGUCCACCAGGAUUUACUUUGUUAUAUUUAGUGUCACCCAGCAUGGACAGAGACAUGCUUAGCGUUAGUGUUAGAGUGAAUAACAGAUAUUAUGUAUCUAGUUCUAAAUACAGACAGAUCUAUUUAUCUGUAUUGUCACCUGAAUUCAUUCCUCAUGGACCCUGUGCCACUCAAACAAAAGGAGCACGGGAAAUAGAUAAUGCCUUCUGUUUGGUUUGCGACUUUUGGCCUCCAUUUGCCUCCUCGUGGAUAGACAGAUGUCACUCAUGGCCCCAGCCUCAUGUUGUUGAUGAUAUAGUGAAAAAUGGAUGCCACUUUGUAGCAAUUGGACACAAGCUAGGAAAUCAUGAAGAUCAUGAAUGGAGAAUUUCUUUCUCAAAAGCAGAACAUAAACUUGUUUAUGCAAUGAAUCACUGCAACAACAUGUUUCUGAGUAAAAUUCACGGCGUCAAACAACAUCAAUUAUUUAUGAGACUGUCAGAAUUGUAUGCGAAGGGUUUAGCAUUCCUGCUACAUAGUCCCUCCAUUAGAUCUUAUAUUAUAGAUGUCCUCUAUAACCCAAGAAACUCCAUCUGUACAGAUGAUCAUACUCUGUUUUCUGAGGUUGAGUUUGAUAGAUAUCUGUUUAAUGAAUUACUAAAUAAUCGUCUAGGUUCAUCAGCCGAAUGGGACAUAAAAAUCUGCAUUAGAUAUCUACAUACAAUAGAACAGGUGAUAGGUUCACCCCUCCUGACAAAGUAUCAAGUCCUCAAGCUACAGACCAUUACUGCAUUCUUCCUUCAGAGAACUGCUUUUAUAUUACACAUGGACGCUGACAACAAACUGAGGUAUAGAGCAGACAAAAUCUCCUGUCACAUGCUGAAAUUAUCAGCAAAGUUUUGUAUUAUCACAGACAUGCUGUACAUAGCCAUGUAUUAUUACAAGACAUUUAGAUACAUGGAAGUUUUAUCUAUAACAGAGAUGAUCAUUUUCAAGUCUUCACACCCAUCUGUGUUAGGGUCAAAUGUAAAUACAGAAAUGUACACUGAGGCUCUAAGGGGACAGUCCUGGUCUACAAAGAUGAGACAGGCUAAUACAGAGAGUUCGCCAACGGAUUCCCGUAAUUAA